AUGAAGAUCACCGCGUACUUCGCGGUCCUUGGAUGGGCCCUCGCCAUGGAGCUCCUCGACUGCGGGCCGACGACGCCACCGACGGCCAGCUGCAACUGCCGGCCAACGACGACGACCCUCGCGCCGACCACCGGCCUCGCCGCCCCUUCCGGCGCCGGGAGCGACGACGGCGCCCCGCGCUCGCCCUUGCCAGCACCCGGAGCGACGACCGCGGUCCCGACGACCACGAUCCACGGAGGAACACCUACCACGAGCCCAUCGUCGAGCUCGGUGAAUGCUACAACACCGAUUCCAGGACCCACGACGACGAACAAGACAGCGAGCCCUGGACCGUCCACGACGCGACUGACGCGAGUGCCUGUCCCGACGAAGACACCGACGCCGACGACGACGCGCUCUUCCGACCCCAAGCAUGACGACGACCGUGAACCCUACGUCGUCAUCCUUCAUGACGACACCCUCGACCUCUCCAGGAGCCACCUCCAUGAACCCGACGUCUAUGCCUGCCUCGAGCGCUCCGAUUCUGCCGAACACAACGACUCCGACGGGAACGAUGAGUCCUGGAUCGACGUCUAG